UUUUUUUUCAACUUAUGACCGACUCCGACGCAAUAGUGAGUGAACCCAAACUUGCUGAAAAAGUAUCAUUGAAAGAAGGAUCGGCAGAAAAUGAUCUUGGGUUCGACCCAACAAAAAAGAAGAGAAAAAAGAAAACGGGCGUUACUGCAGCGACCAAUGCUUUGGCGUCAUUGAGUAUCAAUAGUUCUGAAGAUUCCAAAAAAGAUAAUGCUGAAGACGCUUCGUCUGCUCAGUUAAGUGAGGAGUCCAAGGUUCACAGUAGCAACUGGACGGAUUCAGAUCGCGAGUACGAAUACAAAGAGCUGCUUGUACGCAUUUGCGAAUUGAUAGUUGCAGAUAAAGGGUUGGAUGCGUUUAAGGGGAGGAAAAAAAGUAUUGAGCCACCUGAAGUGGGAAAGGUUGGCACCAAGCGGAUUGCUUGGGUCAAUUUUGUAAGCAACUGCAAGAGUAUCAAUCGAAAGCCAGAGCAUGUGCUAGAGUUCGUGUUGACUGAGCUGGGUGCGACGGGAUCUAUUGCAGGAGAUAACAAAUUGAUCAUUAAAGGACGAUUUCAAGGAAAGCAGCUUGAAACUGUGCUUCGUCGGUAUAUUGCGGAUUAUGUGGCGUGCCGAACAUGUCGGUCUGGAAACACAGAUUUGAAAAAAGAAAACCGCAUACUAUAUAAGGUCUGUAAGGACUGCGGAGCAAGCCCUUCUAUCUGUCUCGCGUGUGUAGGCUUCCGUGUUCAAACCAGACGUCGAAAAGCAUAG